CGCCCCAGCCGCUCCGGAGCAGACAGCAGCACCCAGGCUAGGCACGGCACUGUCAGGAGCUCUACCGCACGCGCACACACACACGCACGCACUCCACACACUCCACACACGCCGCUCGCACUGCCGAGAGGGGGACGGGGAUCGCACAGAGAGGAGCAGGAGCAGGAGCAGCAGCCUUUGUGGAGCCCGUGUUCUUCCGGACGUCUGGGAUUGUGGCGCUUUCUGCAGUUCUUCUCCUCGUUCCGCUCGCUGACUGGAGUUUGCAUUGUUGUUUUUUGCGAUCGGUACUGUUGUUUUAAUUGCCGUCGUUGGGCUUUUUUUCCUUCCCCCCGGAGGAGGUGCUGUCUGUUCUGGCGACCGCGCGACAGCCCUGCAUCUUCGGGUCCCCAACUCCUGCUGCGGUCGCGAUCGCCGUGGUAACUCCCGCUCUUCGCAGAGUGCAUCUGUGCCGCCGGGAUAUCUGUGGGAAUCUGACAGUCCAUCUCCGCACGACUGGAUCACAAUACACGCGAGCAAGGGAACCAGAGUGAGAGAGAGAGAGGGAGAGAGAGAGAGAGAGAGAGAGAGAGAGAGAGAGAGAGAGAGAGACGGGUGGCAAGGAAUGAGCUCUGAAGCGAGGGAGGUAGCCGGCUUUAUAGUUCAAGUGCGUUAAAUACCCCCCCCCCACACCUGCUUCUCCUCCUCUAUCCUCCCUCCACUCCUUCUCCUCUUUUCCGCUGCUUCUAGGACUAGCACGGGCACACCACCUCAUCUUCCUCCUCCACCACCUCAUUCUCCUCCUCCUCUUCCUCCUGCUCAUCCUCCUCGCGCUCUCGCGGAAACUCCUGGGCUGUGGCGUGCGCUCUGGUACCCAGCUGUCUCCCGGCGUGAGACCCAGAGAGGGGGGGGCAGUUUCAUCCGCGCGCGGUAAUACUCAGCCACAGGAAGCGCUCGGCUCAGCCUCUCUCUCCGGCCGGCCGCGCUGACAGGAAACCCACGCCAGCUUCCCUCCGCUCCCGCUCCCUCUCUCGCUCGCUCGCUCGUCCGUCUGUCCGGCACGGAUCCUACGUCCUCCACCCGGGACCGGGGGCAACAGGGGGCACAGACAACCCCCCAGCGAGUUUUCCUGCGCCCGACAGAAGGAUUUCAGCUACAUGGGCAAACGCUUGGAGCAGCAACCAAUGUACCCCCAGUACACCUACUACUACCCUCAUUAUCUCCAGACCAAGCAGUCCUAUGCCCCACCCCCUCACCCUAUGGCUCCGCCCAGCCCCAGCACAAACAGCAGCGGCCACAGUGGAGCCGAGCAGCUCAGUAAAACCAACCUGUACAUCCGCGGCCUUCCUCCAGGAACCACUGACCAGGACCUCAUCAAGCUCUGCCAGCCGUAUGGGAAAAUAGUGUCAACCAAGGCCAUCCUGGACAAGAACACAAAUCAGUGUAAAGGGUAUGGCUUUGUGGAUUUCGACAGCCCAGCAGCAGCUCAGAAGGCCGUGGCUUCGCUCAAGGCCAGCGGUGUCCAGGCUCAGAUGGCCAAGCAACAGGAGCAGGACCCCACGAACCUGUACAUCUCCAACCUGCCGGUGUCCAUGGACGAGCAGGAGCUGGAGAACAUGCUCAAGCCCUUCGGCCACGUCAUCUCCACGCGGAUACUGCGCGACGCCAGCGGGGUCAGCCGGGGGGUGGGCUUCGCCAGAAUGGAGUCCACUGAAAAAUGUGAAGUGGUGAUUCAGCAUUUUAAUGGGAAAUAUCUGAAAACUCCUCCCAGCAUCCCCACGCCCUCCGAGCCUUUGCUGUGCAAAUUCGCAGACGGAGGACAGAAGAAGCGGCAAAACCAGACCAAAUACCCCCAGAACGGCCGACCGUGGCCCCGAGAAGGGGAGACUAGCAUGGCAUUAACAUACGACCCUGCUGCUAUGCAGAACGGGUUUUACUCCUCACCAUACAGCAUUGCCACAAACCGUAUGAUUGCACAGACAUCCAUCACGCCCUUCAUCGCUGCUUCUCCUGUUUCAACGUAUCAGGUCCAGAGUACGUCAUGGAUGCCUCACCAACAAUACGUUAUGCAACCAGCAGGUGCUGUGAUCACGCCAGCCAUGGACCACACCAUGUCCAUGCAGCCCGCCAGCAUGAUGGGGCCCCUCACCCAGCAGAUGAACCACAUGUCAUUGGGUACUACAGGAACUUACAUGACUGCUGCAGCUGCAGCUGCGCCUAUGCAAGGGACGUACAUUCCCCAGUACACUCCUGUGCCUCCGUCUGCUGUCCCCGUGGAAGGAGUGGUCACUGAAGCCACGCCCCAGACGGUUGCCCCCUCCUCCCAGGAUGCCAGCGGGCAGCAGCAGCCUUUGCAGGUGGAGAGCGGCGGCGACCACGCGCCGGCCUACUCGUACCAACAGUCAAAAUAAGGACGGGAGGGAGAGCAUUCCUGUGACAGCGAUGCCUUGAGACGGAGAGACUGCACUGAACCUGAGGGGAGAGGGAGCGUCCGGAUCGCACAGGCACCUGAAGAGAUACUAUUUCAUUUCCUACCUGACCUGGG